CCCAUAAUGUAAAGUUUAAAUGUUUAAACCAAAUAUACUUAUCUUAUUAAAGACACUAUUCAGUCCAUUCUAGAAUCUAAAGGUUCUCAAAUUAAAUCUAUUAAACUCAAUUUAUUACUACUAUCACGAUGGAAGCAGCAGAAUUCGACGCCACCCUGGGUGGCACGGAGCAGCUGCCGUUUUCGGCAAACAGCUUAAAAUUUGCCGCUUCUAGAAGUAUAGAAAUAGCAGCAAUGACGGAAAGUAUUCAACGAACGAACCAUAACAAACUUAUAUUUCAAAACCUACCCGUUCACAUGCGACGUCGUGUUAUGAGCCAUAAUAGUAAAAGACUUCCUAUAAAACUAAGAGAAGCUCAUACAAAGCAGUUUAAAAAUAAUGGGUUUGCUGUAAAGCAAAAACGACCUUCCAGGAAAUAUAGACGCCGUCCACAGAACCUAUUAGAUGAGUACAAUCGUCGACAGAAACGCCAUAAAUGGUUAGAGACGCAUAUAUGGCAUGCAAAAAGAUUUCACAUGAUAGAAAAGUGGGGUUACCGUUUAGCUUAUGCACCUUGUGAUAAAGCAUUUAGAGCUUGUUACCGAGCUACAUCUGCUCACUGUCUGUUACAAGACAUCUCUUAUGUCACUCCGAUAGAAAUAAAUGGUCCAGUAGAUACAAUUAAAGAACUGUUUAGUUCAAUAACCAGCCCUUCUUGUGGUCUUGGGUUGUGUGCUAAGGCAUAUAUUGAUGGUAAACGAGAAGGUUUGAUUCAUCUUUAUCAAAGUAACACAUAUCCUUUCGGAUACAUUGGUAAAUUAAAUUUUAUUUGGGUGCCACACAAAUGCAAGAAAACAUUAUGGUUAUUUGUUCAUCCUUCUCAAACUCAGGAAAUAGAAUCAAUAUUAACAAAUUUAAUAUAUUCAAACAAAAAUUAUGAUCCUGAAAUAACAAAAAAACGUAGGAAAUCCAGUGGCAUGGAUGAAAAUGUUAAGAUUAAAAUAAAAGCAGGAAUAUUUAACAGAUUUCGUUUAACUGGCCCUAAUAGCCAUGCUGUUCUAACACAUAGCCUAAAAUGUGUAGAAAGUGCUAAAAUUAAAAAUGAUGACUGGGCAAAGUCUUAUGAUGACCUUAACUUAGAGGAAAAAGAUGAAUACUGGGAAUCGCUGUCAACAUUGAAUUCACCAUCUCAAUUGCCUCCUAAGAUUAUUAUAGGAUUGAUUGUAAAGGAUCCACGGUUAAGUAGACCUUCAAAAAGAACAAAAGCAAUAAUAGAAACAGACACAUCAUUUGACUCAAACAUUGUUCUUAAUAUACCAUCAUAUGCAUCAUCCUCACCUUUAUGGGAUCUAAAUAUACAUGAAAAAUUAAAAAAGAAGAUAAUGUCUAAUGGAGAAUUUAUUCAACACUUGACUAAGACAAAAAUUGUUCCUGGAGAUAUAAAUGAGAAUGAUCCUGUUUUACAAAGUAUACCCAUUAUACUGAUACAAAGACCGGGGUCACAAGACUCAGAUUACAAGAAAAUAGGGUAUGGAAGCGGUUGGGAUAUCAUAGUUCCAGCUGGUUAUGGUUUACCUUUCUGGCUAACUUUUAAAAUGUUUGGUGGGAGGUCUGGGGGUCUUAGAGAGACUGAGAAUUUGGCCUUUGAGAUGGGGGAGUGCUACUUCCCUCCAGACUCUGCUGCGGGAAAACUAGAAGAGAAAAGAAUAGAGAAUGAACUGAAAGAAAAAUACUUUCGUCUGCCACCUAGCAAAAGAGUAAAUUAUAUAAAAUUAGGUAUUAACAGCCCUUUUAUUUGCCCUUGGGAUUUGUUAUUGAAAGAUUGGUGUGAAGAACACAUUUAUGACUUCUUUGUGUUGCGAGAUAGACAGUUAUUGAAUCAAAUACAGGAUUCUAUAGACAGGAAAAAACUAAUGCCAGAAAUUGAAAACUCAAACUCAUGCCUCAUCCCUGUAUACUUGACUCUGAAAUCGAGAGGAAAUUUAAAACGGCAUGCUUUGAUUUGUUUACCCGAAGUUACUGACGCCUCUAAUAUAAAAACAUUAUUUGAACCACAUCAUGAAGAUCCAAAUGAAAAACAUAGAAAACAAAAAAGGAAAGAACACCUUAAAGAAUUAAAGAAAUCCAGAAAGAAUCGAGUAAAACUGAAAAAACAGGGUCACGCCAGCAAUGUUACUAAAAGAACAAACGAGCCUUCUGAAUAUGUGAAAAAUAUGCGUCAAUUGUGGUUACCAUCAAAAAUUGAUAGUGUGCGUUUUAUUGGAACACGGCAAGUUUUAGGUUACUUGUCAAUGGGAGCUCUUAGCUUUUCGGAAGCUCGAAGUUGUGGUAUUGGAUAUGUGGCGUACAAUGCCCUUUCCGAAUUAUUAAAAAUGGAACAAAAUCGAGUAUUGGUUCGCAAUGUCUCAUCACGCAAAUAUUGGUUAGCAAAUAUUCAGACAGUAAAGAAUGUUUAAAUAAAAAUUACCAUUAAAAAUAU